AUGGCAGCUCACAAAUCCGGUGUCAAGGUUAUCAUCGUUGGAGCAGGCUUUGGCGGUUUGACUGCCGCUAUUGAAUGCCACCGGCAAGGUCACGAUGUUGAGAUUUAUGAGUCCUUUCCUGAACUCAAAGUUCUCGGAGACAUUAUAUCAUUUGGUGGAAAUGCUGGCAGGAUCUUUAAUCGCUGGUCUGAAGGGGAGAUUGUAGCCCGUCUACGCCCGUUGUGCAUCGACAUACAAGAAUAUGGCUUCAGAAUUCACAAAUGGGACACGGGAGAGGUCGUGUACCAUCAGAAACGUCCCCCUCCCAACCCUGAAGCCCCAGUGCUGAAUGGUCACAGAGGCGAGCUGCAUGAGAUUAUCUUCAGUUAUGCACGCGAUGAGCUGGGUAUCCCAAUCCAUCUAGGUCAACGAGUGUCUCAGUAUUUUGAGGACUCCACGCAAGCUGGCAUUAUACUGAAGACCGGAGAGAAGAUCACUGGCGACGUGGUGAUAGGUGCUGAUGGAGUGAGAUCAAAGGCAAGAGAGCUCGUUCUAGGAUAUGUCGACAAGCCCAAGAGCAGUGGGUACGCUGUUUGGAGGGCAUGGUUCUCGAACAAAGAUAUGAUCCAAGACCCCCGCACAAAAGAGUUCUGCGAGAACGGCGAUACCUUCAACGGCUGGAUCGGACAAGAUGUGCACUUCUUGUUCUCGACACUGAAAGGUGGCAAAGAUUGUUGUUGGGUGCUUACUCACAAGGAUGAUCAUGAUAUUGAUGAGUCGUGGUCUUUCCCUGGUAAGAUAGAAGAAGUGCUAGAGCUCUUGAAGGAUUGGGAUCCAACAUGCCGAGCGAUCGUGGAGAAGACGCCGUCGGUCGUUGAUUGGAAACUGGUCUAUCGUGACCCUCUACCGACUUGGAUCAGUAACAAAGGGCGAAUCGCACUUCUUGGUGAUGCUGCUCAUCCUUUCUUACCGACGAGUGCUCAAGGUGCAACUCAAGCCAUGGAAGAUGGUGUCACCAUUGCUGUCUGCUUGAAGCGCGCGGGCAAGGGCAACAUACCUGGUGCGCUCAAGGCUCAUCAAAGUCUUCGGUAUGAGCGCGUGAAAGCGGUUCAGAAGACGGGAGAGUCAACCAGAGAUCUUUGGCACAAGACAGAUUGGGAUAAAGUCAAGGAAGAUCCUAGCAGUAUUGGAUUCCCACGCGAGGAUUGGAUUCACCAAUUUGAUGCUGAACGGUAUGCAGAGGAGAAUUUUGAGAGUGCUCUCAAAAUUUCAUGGCAUGAGGUCAAGGAUAAGGUGCAAGUCGAUGAGGCUCCUGCAAUGGCGCAAGUAGCGGGCUAG